GGGCGGUCCUAGAAAGUGGCGGAGGCCAAUGACGACACGCAGCUAAUGGCACCCGAACUGGGCGGGGCUUCGUCGCGCGCCGCGUGCCUACUCUCCUGCCGGCGAAAAGCAGCGGAUCCCUAGAGGUGCUCCCGGGGUUGUUCGCGGCGCUUCGCAAGAUUUGCCAAGGGCCUCACGUAGAUCUCAGGUCGUAUAGACAGUUGUGCAGGCACGGGGACUUUAAACCCGAGGUGCGGGACCUGGAGCUGGACACGGGGACAUGGGGCCGGCGCCUCGUGGAGCUGCUGAGGAGCCGGAGCUGAUGGAGCCAGCUGUAGAAGGCACAAGCAAGAAGGGGAAGAAGGAAUCCUCUAAGAAGCGCAUAGCAACGGACUGUCCAGUGGAAGGCCUCCUGCAGCCAGUGAAGCUUAGUCGGGCAGAACUAUAUAAGGAACCUACCAAUGAGGAGCUGAAUCGCCUUCGGGAAACGGAAAGCCUGUUUCAUUCCAGCUUACUUCGUUUGCAGGUAGAGGAGCUACUAAAGGAAGUGAGACUGUCAGAGAAGAAGAAGGAGCGGAUCAAUGCUUUUCUGUUGGAGAUCAAACAGCGGGUUAUGAAAGUGCCCUCCACUCCUGAGACAGAGCUGACUGACCAGGCAUGGCUACCAGAUGGGGUUCGAGUCCCCCUCCACCAAGUGCCAUACACUGUGAAGGGCUCUUUCCACUUCCUGCCCCCCACCCAUGUCACUGUUGUGGGCAGCUACCUUCUGGACACCUGCAUUCGGCCAGACAUAAAUGUGGACGUGGCACUGACCUUGCCCAAGGAGAUCCUACAGGACAAGGAUGCACUGAACCAGCGGUACUUCCGCAAGCGGGCCCUCUACCUGGCCCACUUGGCUCACCACCUGGCCCGAGACCCCCUCUUUGGCAGCGUUCGCUUCUCCUACACCAAAGGCUGCCACCUGAAACCCUCGCUGCUGCUGCGGCCACAUGGGAAGGAUGAGCGCCUGGUUACAGUACGUUUGCAUCCAUGCCCACCACUCGAUUUCUUCCGCCCGUGCCGCCUGCUGCCUUCUAAGAACAAUGUGCGCUCUGCCUGGUACCGAGGCCAGAGCCUUCCAGGGGAUGGAAGCCCAGAGCCCCCCACACCUCACUAUAACACAUGGAUCCUGCAGGAUGUAGGCCUCGAGUCCCACGUGCAGCUGCUGUCAACUGUACUGGGCUCAGCCGGGGGCCUGAAGGACGGUGUGGCACUUCUGAAGGUCUGGCUGCGGCAGCGGGAACUGGACAAGGGCCUAGGGGGAUUUAGUGGGUUCAUUGUUUCCAUGCUGGUGGCCUUCCUCACGUCCACACGCAAGAUCCAUACCACCAUGAGUGGCUACCAAGUCUUGAGAAGUGUCUUGCAGUUUCUGGCCACCACGGAUCUGACAGUCAGUGGGAUCAGUUUGUGUCUCAGCUCAGAUCCCUCCUUGCCGGCUUUGGCUGACUUCCACCAGGCCUUCUCUGUUGUCUUCCUGGACUCUUCAGGCCGUCUCAACCUCUGUGCUGACGUCACUGCUUCUACUUACCACCAGGUGCAACAUGAGGCACGGUUAUCCAUGGCACUGUUGGACAGAAAAGUUGAUGAUGGAUUCCAGCUGUUGUUGAUGACUCCCAAACCCAUGAUCCGGGCUUUUGAUCACGUCUUGCAUCUCCGUCCGCUGAGCCGCCUACAGGCAGCGUGUCACCGAAUGACACUGUGGCCAGAGCUGCAGGACCACGGUGGAGACUAUGUCUCCGCUGCUCUGGGGCCACUGACUACUCUCCUGGAGCAGGGCCUGGGGUCCCGGCUGCACCUGCUGGCCCAUUCUCGGCCUCCAGUCUCAGAGUGGGACAUCAAUCAGGAUCCACCGAAACACCGAGAUUCUGGGACUCUGACACUGGGAUUGCUCCUCCGGCCUGAAGGGCUAACUAGUGUCCUUGAGUUGGGUCCAGAAGCUGACCAUCCUGAGGCUGCUGACUUCCGCCAGUUCUGGGGUUCUCGCUCGGAGCUUCGGCGUUUCCAGGAUGGAACCAUCCGGGAAGCUGUGGUCUGGGAGGCAGACUCUUUGGCUCAGAAGCGCCUUAUUCCCCACCAGGUGGUCACCCACCUCUUGGCACUCCAUGCUGACAUCCCAGAUGCCUGUGUCCACUAUGUGGGGGGCCUCCUGGACUCGCUUAUCCAAGGCUGGAAAGAGACCUCCAGCACAGGUGAAGAGGCGCUGGCAGCAGUGGUGCGUUGCUAUGAUGACCUCAGCCGCCUGCUGUGGGGUCUGGAAGGCCUCCCACUGACUGUCUCUGCGGUGCAGGGAGCUCACCCCGUGCUGCGCUACACUGAGGUGUUCCCACCAACUGCAGUUCAGCCAGCCUUGUCUUUCUACAAGUACCUGCGAGAGCGGGCCUCACUCUUGCCCCGGAUUGACAAGCCCUGUCCGGCCUAUGUGGAACCUAUGACUGUGGUAUGCCACCUGGAGGGCAGUGGCCAGUGGCCACAGGAAGCUGAGGCCAUACGUCGGGUCAGAGCAGCAUUCCAGCUGCGGCUGGCAGAGCUGCUGAAGCAACAGCAUGGACUCCUGUGCCGAGCUGCGGCAACGUACACAGACGUGCUCAAGGACGGGUUUGUGUUUCGCAUCCGUGUGGCCUAUCAGAAGGAGCCCCAGAUUCUGAGGGAGAUGCGGAGCCCUGAGGGGAUGAUCUCACUGAGGGACACGCCAGCCUCCCUCCAGCUUGAGAGGGACACUCGGCAGCUGCCCUUGCUCACCAGCGCCUUGCACGGGCUUCAACAGCAGCACUCGGCCUUCUCGACUGUGGCUCGACUGGCCAAGCGGUGGGUGCGUGCCCAGCUUCUGGGAGACGGACUCACGGAUGAGUGCCUGGACCUGGUGGCUGCUGCCUUGUUCCUGCACCCAGAGCCCUUCACCCCCCCCAGCUGCCCUCAGGUGGGCUUCCUUCGGUUCCUUUACCUGGUGUCAACCUUUGAUUGGAGAAACAACCCCCUGAUUGUCAACCUCAACAAUGAGCUCACUGCGGAGGAGCAGGUGGAGAUGCGCAGUAGCUUCCUGGCAAAUCGGACUCGACUUCCUGUCUUGGUCAUCUUUACCCCCCAAGACCGCAAAAGCUCUGUAUGGACGCAGGAUGGACCCUCUCCACAGAUCCUACAGCAGCUCAUGGUCCUGGCAGCCAAGGCCUUGCCUGUGCUGGAGAAGCAGCUAAUGGGGCCCCAGGGACCUGGGGACAUCCGGACAGUGUUCCGGCCACCCUUGGACAUGUAUGAUGUGCUGAUCCGCCUGUCUCCCCGCCACAUCCCUCGGCACCGCCAGGCUGUGGACACUCCAGCUGCCUCCUUUUGCCGGGGUUUGCUCAGCAAGUCAGGGCCCUCAUCCCUGAUGCCUGUGCUGGGCUACGAUCCUCCUCAGCUGUAUCUGACACAGCUCAGGGAGGCCUUUGGGCACCUGGCCCUUUUCUUCUAUGACCCACAUGGUGGAGAGGUGAUUGGUGUCCUCUGGAAGCCCACCAGCUUCAAGCCCCAGCCCUUCAAGGCCUCCAACACAAAAGGAUGCGUAGUGGUCUCUCAGAGUGAAGAGACACUGACAGUACCCAAUGUAGAAGCCAUCCUGGAGGACUUCACCACCCUGGGUGAAGGUCUGGUACAAGCUGUGGAAGCCCGAAGUGAGAGGUGGGCUGUAUGAUCUCCAGCCCCAGGAGCAAGCUGGCGGUGAACAGCCGGACUUCACAGAGCACCUCUGGGGCUCUCAGUGGCAUGACCUCCAUUUUCAUCAAUGUGGAACCUCCAUGGAGGGUCUGCUGGCUUGAACACGCAGAUCACUCUCAGUGAAACUCCUGACUCAAGUUUCUGUCUUGUGCCUUUACAGUGGCUGUGGUGUCCUACAGAGCCCCUGGACCUAACUGUCUGAACUUUCAGAAGAGUCUGAGCCAAUUCAGAGAGGAAAUUGAAUGAGUUUAGGAGAUUCAUCCAUCUGUCAGCCCUAGUACCUGGUACUUAGUACCUUCCAGAAGUCUGGAGAGGAGGACUCGUACCCAGGGCAGAGGUUGUGUUCCCUUUCCGUUGCCAGGAUGUGGGCUCAAGCCUCAGCGUUUCCUUUGCUGUGGCAGCGGACCUUUAAGUGGGGCCCUUCCUGAGAGUCACAUGACCAGCACCGAGCAGUGGAGAGGGGGCUUCAUGUGUAUGAAUAGACUACAUUGAAAGGGCACAAUAGCCUCCUGUGUUGGUGCUCAUGUUGCCCAGGGUGUGGACAUGGAAAAGUACAGAAGACAGGAAGGGGCUGGGUGGGUGAAGAGGGGAGGGGCGGGGAGGUAGUGGUCUCCCGGUCUCCCGAUUCAAGAGAGAUGCAGGAUGCGCUGAGUCCCGCCGGGGCCCCUCACUAUCUGAGUCCCGCCAGCCCUGUGCACCUUCCCCUGGCUGCCUGCCCGGCCAUGUCACAACCACCCCCAUUUGACUCCCACAUCGUGGGUGCAGAGGUGAGGGAGUUUUCAGUGCCCUGGGGAAGAGGAGACAUGGCGCCUCCCUUUAGCUUGUUCCACACCCCCUUUCCGGCAGCCUCUCCCUUCUCUGUCUCCCCUAAUCCUGGUUGUUUUUCCAGACUCGGCUCAAAUAGUGCCUCCUCCUUAAACCCUUCCCUUGCCCCCAGCCUGAGGUACUCUUUUCCUCCUCUGAAACAUUAGAGCAGUUGCUGUCUGUUCAAGUUCAUAUCCCAGUCACGUGCUGCAGUGUGAACUCUCGUUCUCAAACUGAUUUAAAAUUAAAUCACUUAAUUUCCUCA